AGGCAGACAGCAUCGCAUUGCAUCAUUGAAUAAUACAAUGAGGUGCUUAAUUGUCCUGUUGGCUCUGGUGGCCUUAGGGGCCUGUGGAAAUGUCAAACAACAACAUGCUGCUGACCAGAAUCUCCUUAACAAACAGCAAGACAUCAUCCAACUCCUGCAGAAGAUCUCACAGCCAAUCCCAAACCAAGAACUUCAGAACCUUGGUGAAACUUAUGAAAUUGAGAGCAAUGCUCACCAGUACAACAACCCAAUCAUAGUAAUGUACUAUGCGGGUGCUGUGAAAGCUGGUUUGGUUCAACCUCAGGGUACAGUGUUCACUAAUUCAAUCAGCCAGCUUCGGAAAGAAGUUUCCCUACUCUACAGGAUUUUAUUGGGUGCCAAGGACUACCAGACUUUUCUCAAGACAGCUGCAUGGGCCCGUGUUCAUGUUAACGAAGGACAAUUUGUUAAGGCUUUAGCUGGUGCUGUAUUGACUCGCCCAGACACCCAAGGAGUCAUCCUUCCACCUGUUUAUGAAAUCUUGCCCCAGUAUCAUUUGGAUGCUAGAAUCAUCCAAGAAGCCCAAAACAUUGCCAUUCAAAAAGUCCAGGAAGGAGGCAUUCAGAAUAUUCUCAUCCCUGUUAACUACUCUGCACUCUUGUCUCAAGAUGAACAUCAACUGUCUUACUUCACUCAAGACGUUGGUCUUGCAGCAUACUACUCCUAUAUCAACCUUGCUGGAUACAUUUUGGAUGAACAGGACCAACAACAACAGCAACAACAGCCUCUGACUCAACAACAGUAUCAACAACAGAUUGUAGGGAAAUACUUGCAACAAGGAGGACAACAGGACCAACAAAGCACCAUUGCUCAUGGAGCUCAAUAUCUGUAUCUUCAUCAACAACUUUUGGCUCACUACGAACUUAACCGUCUUUCGAACGGGCUUGGUCCGAUCUCUGAAAUUAACUACGAAAAUGUACAAGCUCUUUACCAACCGCAUCUUCGCGUUCUCAAUGGACUUGAAUUCGCUGGUCGUCCAGAGAAUCUUCAACUCCAACCUCAAAAGAAUAAGCUCAUCCAAAGUGUUAUUACUCUAGAAAAAAGACUGAUGGAUGCCAUUGACUCUGGCAAUGUGAUCACCCCACAAGGCGCCUUCCUUUCUUUGUACCAACCACAGGGUAUGAACAUUCUUGGUGACUUGAUCGAAGGAACUGGUAAAAGCGUCAACCCAAGGUACUAUGGAAGCCUCCAGGCUGCUGCUCGCAAACUCCUUGGCAAUGCUCCUGAAGCUCAGAACAUUUGGGACUACACACCGUCGGCUCUUGAACUUGGACAAACUGCUGUUCACGAUCCAGCCUUCUACCAAUUGUUCAAAAAGGUCAUGAAUCUUUACCAACAAUAUCAACAGUCUUUGCCUGCCUACCAGUACAACGAUCUUGUCCUUCCUGGCGUUACCAUCCAGAACGUCGAUGUUAGCCAGCUGGUCACUCUCUUCAGCGACUAUUACAUCGACCUUAACUGCGUUACUGGACAAUCUAACCAACAACAACAACAACAACAACAACAGCAGCAGCAGCAGCAGCAGCAGCAGCAGCAGCAGCAGCAGCAGCAGCAGCAGCAGCAGCAGCAGCAGCAGCAAGCUCAACAACAGGAACAACAGCAAAACGUUAAGGCUUAUCUCAAAAGAUUAGACCAUCAACCCUACCAAUACAAAGUCACGGUUCACAGUGAACAAAAUGUACCAAACGCAGUUGUUCGUGUCUUCCUUGGACCCAAAUAUGACUACCAAGGCAAACCAAUUAGUAUCUCUCAGAGUCGACAUCUCUUUGUUCAACUUGACCAAUUCAUCCAAAACCUUCACUCUGGUCAGAACAUCAUCAUUAGGAACUCCCAGCAAGCUCCUGGACAGAGCCCUGACUGGCCAUCUACUUCUGAAAUUCAACAAGGUGUUAAUGCUGCUAUCCGAUCUCAGGAACCAUUCUUCAUUACUGAGCCACACCAAAUCUUCAGUUUCCCUGCUAGGUUGUCUCUUCCCAAAGGUCAACCACAAGGUUUCCCACUUCAGUUUCUCGUUGUAAUCUCUUCUCCAAACCCACUUAAUGUGCCAUACGGACCAGUAAUCCCCGAACAAAACUUGUCUUACCAAGCCCAACAAUACCAAAUCGUGAAUGCCAACCAAUACGAACAAUUGAAACAACAAGGACAACUUUGGCAAAUGGACGGUGGAGUUCAACAAAACGUUGAGGUUCUUCCUGAGAACUUGGUCAAUGCUCAGCAACAAAUAGAUGCUGUUAGGAAUCAGUAUGCUAAUGUCUACACCAGAUACCACGGACAGUAUCCCAAUACUCAAAUCCAGAACCCUGUUGGUCAAGGACAAGACAUGACAUACACUAUCCAAGGAGUUGGAGUUGUUAACGCUGCUGGUGUUGGUGGUUCACAAUCUUUAGGAUUACACGGACAACAUAUCGCAGUUGCAAGCCAACAGCAAAUAGUACAACAAGCUCAACAGAUCCAACAACAAAUACAAGCGGCAACAGCAGCAGCUCAACAAGGACAACAGGGACAACAUCACAGCCAGGGUGCUCAAAUGAUUUGGAACGCACAACAACAACAACAACAACAACAACAAUUGCAUCACGGACAUCAUAUUAACAGGUGGCCUUCAUCUCACAUUGCUCAAUCUGUCGUCCAAUCUGCACAACAAGGACUGCAAGCGCUAUCUGGUCUGGCUGGUGCACAAGGUCUCCAGGGUGCGCAAGGUGGUCAAGGUGUUCAAGGUGUUAAAGGUGUCUCUGGCGUCAAAGGUAUAGCUGGUGUCCAAGGUGUAGCUGGCGUCCAAGGUGUAGCUGGCGUUCAAGGUGUAGCUGGCGUUCAAGGCGUAGCUGGCGUUCAAGGUGUAGCUGGCGUCCAAGGUGUUCAAGGAGUCAAAAGUGCAGCUGGCGUUCAAGGUGUAGCUGGCGUCCAAGGUGUUCAAGGAGUCCAGGGUGCACAACAAGGCGGAAUUCAAGGCGGAGUACAAGGCCUGUCUGCUGUUCUGCAAGGAGGAGUAUCAUCGCAAAAUUGGGGAAUCGGACAAGGUUUACAAGGAGUGAAUGUUCCGUAUGGCAUGCAGGGAGCCCAAGGUAUCGGAGGAGUUCAAUCUUGGCCAAACUCUCAAGUCCAAGGUGGAAUCUCAGGAAGUGGCAUCGUCGCCAGCGGACAACAACACGCUGGUGGCUUCCAAGGAAUCUACGCACAAGCACAAACUGUUCAGGACUCAUCUGUCAGCGAAUACUACCAGAACAAACCAAUCUCUGAAAUCAUUGGUGGUGCCAUCUCCCUUGAUGGCAAACCUCUCGGCUUCCCUCUGGAAAGACCGUUGGCUCCUGGUGCUCUCAGCGUUUCCAACAUCUUCGUGCAAGACGUUCUCGUCUUCCACCAAGGUCAACCCACCAACGACAUCACUCAGCCAUAAAUGUUCCUACGGCGAAGCGCGCCUUGUUAGAAGUCGUGUGAAGAUGAUUUAUACGACGGACUUAUCGCGCAAGAGAUGUUAUUAAUGUUAAUAAUUAAAGAAAAGAUUUAUUGAUGUAUCAAUUGUAAUGAAUAAAUUGCCGUCAAGAGCAAAUGUUUAUUAUAAAA